AUGGAUGCUAUUCAGGUAGUUCAGACGGAGAUGCCAGAAGCCAGUGACUGGAAGAACCCAUUCGAGCCGGUUCCAGUCUUUGUGGCUUCGUUCCAUGAUAUCUCGAUGUCUUCCGACUUCCAGGCCAGCGAUGCCUGGAUCAACAUUCAGAAACGUUGCAUUUUCAACGCCAUCAACGCUGUCUAUCCCUCGGCUGUCGCGAAGAUAUACCGGGGCGCGGAAGACCGGCGUCCAUCGAUGCCGCAGCUUGAUAUCCUCUCAUGCACCCGAACUGAGCAUCUCACGCUGGGUUCCAUCUUGGAGAAUGAAGCCACAAAGACUGGAACCUAUCGGGUAUUAGAGAACAUCUUUCUGAAGCAGCUAGGCCUCGAUGAACAGUCCGCCUUUCAAGAUAGACUAUAUCUCGUCUACGGAGACCAGAAAACUUGCAACCUCAUCCGGCUAUGUCAAAACCAGAGGUCGGAGUCUUCAGAGACAUAUUACCGGCUCGAACAGGUUCUUCAACGAAUUAGCAGAGGAUAUCUCUUCCAACAGAAUAUUCUGUCAGGACCUGGAGAAGCGCGGACUUCUUGA